AUGGCGUUGAAAAAAAUACCUAAAAUAUUCAAGAAAUUUUUUCAGUGGAAACUCUGGAAGUUUAGCAUUAUUGUGUUAGUUUUUCUAGUAUUUUUAUUUUUAUUGCAAAGAGAAGUGGGUGUUCAAGAUUUUAAAGAUGAAACUGGCAUUGAGCCAGCUGUUGGAAAGAAAAGUCACGUAUUGGGUCUUGUAUUAAAUGCUAUGAACAAUAUCAAAGGUGCAAAGCCAAAAAUGCAGAUAAAAGCACCCGUUAGGCAAACUAAAAUUCCUGGAGAGAGACACUGCUUGCCAGGACACUACACUGCAGUGGAACUAAAACCCUUUCUGGAUCGACCCCUUCAAGAUCCUAAUGCUCCUGGUGCUUCUGGUAAAGCUUUUAAAACCAUCAACUUGAGUCCAGAAGAACAGAAAGAGAAACAGCGUGGAGAAGAAAAACACUGUUUUAAUGCAUUUGCGAGUGAUAGGAUUUCUUUACACCGAGAUCUUGGACCAGACACUCGACCUCCUGAAUGUAUUGAACAAAAGUUUAAGCGUUGCCCGCCAUUGCCAAGCACAAGUAUUAUAAUAGUUUUUCAUAAUGAAGCAUGGUCCACUCUACUGAGAACUGUUCACAGUGUGAUGUAUACAUCUCCUGCCAUUCUGCUCAAGGAGAUUAUUUUGGUGGAUGAUGCCAGUGUAGAUGAAUAUUUGCAUGAUAAACUAGAUGAAUAUGUGAAACAAUUUCACAUAGUUAAAGUAGUUCGCCAAAAGGAAAGAAAAGGUCUAAUCACUGCACGGUUGUUGGGAGCUUCCGUAGCAACAGGAGAAACCCUUACCUUUCUGGAUGCUCAUUGUGAAUGCUUUUAUGGCUGGUUAGAGCCAUUAUUGGCAAGAAUAGCUGAGAAUCCUGUUGCUGUUGUAAGUCCUGAUAUUGCUUCUAUAGAUCUCAAUACUUUUGAAUUUAGUAAACCUUCUCCUUAUGGGCAUAGCCACAACAGAGGAAAUUUUGAUUGGAGUUUGUCAUUUGGAUGGGAGUCUCUUCCUAAACAGGAACGUGAAAGAAGAAAAGAUGAAACCUAUCCAAUUAGAACACCUACUUUUGCUGGAGGUCUCUUUUCAAUAUCAAAAGACUACUUUGAACACAUUGGAAGCUACGAUGAAGAAAUGGAAAUAUGGGGAGGUGAAAAUAUAGAAAUGUCUUUCAGAGUAUGGCAAUGUGGUGGACAGUUGGAGAUCAUGCCUUGCUCUGUUGUUGGCCAUGUCUUUCGCAGCAAGAGUCCUCAUACUUUCCCAAAAGGUACUCAAGUGAUCACACGUAAUCAAGUCCGCCUUGCAGAAGUGUGGAUGGAUGAAUAUAAAGAAAUAUUUUACCGAAGAAACACAGAAGCUGCAAAAAUUGUGAAACAAAAAGCAUUUGGAGAUAUAUCGAAAAGACUUGACUUAAGACAGCGUCUUCAGUGUAAAAAUUUUACCUGGUAUCUCAGUAAUGUUUAUCCAGAAGUCUAUGUGCCAGACUUGAAUCCUUUGUUUUCUGGAUAUUUAAAAAAUAUAGGGAACCGCAUGUGUCUGGAUGUUGGUGAAACUAACCAUGGUGGCAAACCAUUGAUUAUGUAUUCCUGUCACGGACUUGGAGGAAAUCAGUACUUUGAAUAUUCUGCACACCAUGAAAUUCGACAUAACAUUCAGAAGGAGCUUUGUCUGCAUGCCUCUAAAGGACCUGUGCAGCUUCAUGAAUGUAACUACAAAGGCCAGAAAACCCUUACUGUUGGAGAACAGCAAUGGCUGCAUCAAAAGGAUCAAACUCUAUACAAUACAGCACUACACAUGUGCCUUACAGGAAACGGCGAGCAUCCGAGUUUGGUACCCUGUAAUCCAUCAGACUCCUUCCAGAAAUGGAUCUUUGGCCAGAACAAUUAA